UUUACACUUCUUUUCACGUUGAAAGUGCGAAUAACUGUUUGAGAGACUGUGACGUCAUUUGAUGUCGUGAUUGUGUGAAUUAUGGCGAUAAAUUAAAUUCUUAUCACACGUAAGAAAAUCAGAGCUGCAUACGAAUCAUGUAAUAUUUGAAUGUUUGCUUAUCUGUAAUGUUAUCAUCAAGACCGCGAUAAUAACUAGAAAAAUUUUAACCGCGGUACAAGCAUGUGGUUUUUUAUUUUUUCCGCUUCGCACAAAUUCUCAUAAAGUAUAUAAGACCGAUGUUUAUUGGAAGACCUUAGUCUAUUGAACGCCUUGAUCGAGAAAUAUAACAAAAUAAUCUGUAACAAAUACGUGUUGAAUUCGUUACCCAAGAAGAAACGUCGAGAUUUGGAGAGAUUCUUCGUUCAUUUUAAUUCGGGAAAAGUGUGCACACUGUUUUCGCAUAGAUGGCAGAUCGGGAGGAAAAGAUCAAGGUAUGCGUGAUCGGUGGCGGCGCGGCUGGUUUGUGCGCAGUCAGACACUUAGCGGCAAACUCGAAAUUUGAAACGACGGCGUACGAACAGACGAACGAAGUAGGAGGCACGUGGGUUUACACGGAACAAGUGGGUCUCGACGAAAACGGUUUGCCGAUUCAUUCCAGCAUGUAUCGUAAUCUGAGAACAAACUUGCCAGCGAAGAUUAUGAACUUUCCCGAUUACAUUGUAAUGGAACAACAAGAGCCCAGCUGUGUAAAUCACGAGGAAAUUUUAAAUUAUUUGAAAAAUUACGCUCAGCAUUUUGACAUAUGUCGACAUUUUCACUUUAAUACGAAAGUCGAACAUGUUCGGCUGGAAUCGUCCGAGUUUUACGAUAAGUGGUCUGUGCAAGUGAGAAAAUUGAAAACUAACGAGACGGAAGUUCGACGUUUUGACGCGAUUAUGGUUUGCAAUGGACAUUUUUUUGUUCCUAAUACACCAACUGUUACGGGAAUAGAGAGCUUUCCAGGUUUGAUAAUGCACAGCCACAAGUAUAGAAAACCUGAUGGGUUUUCCGGAAAAACUGUGUUUAUCUUAGGUGCAGCUUCAUCUGGUAUCGAUAUAGGAAUCGAAUUAUCCGAGUACGCGAGUCACGUAUACUUAAGUCACAACUACGAAAAAUUAAAGAGUCCUUUGCCAUCGAACAUGACACAAGUCGCGGGUGUCGAAAGCGUGCACGAAAAUGCGUUUCACCUCAAAGACGGUACCAUUGUCGACGCUGUCGACGUGUUUCUCUUCUGCACCGGAUACAAAUACAGUUUUCCCUUCUUGGACGAGAAUUGCGGCGUGCGAAUUGAUGAUAAUUAUAUAACUCCGCUUUACAAGCAUCUGAUCAACAUCGAGCAUCCCUCGAUGUGCAUCGUCGGUGUACCAACGAUUGUCUUGCCGUUUCCCAUGUUUCAUAUGCAGGUACAGUAUUUCUUGGCUCUGCUGGAAAAUCGAGCAACUUUACCAGCUAAAUCCGUGAUGCUAGAGGAUUCGGUCUUAAAAACCGCUAGAAAGAAGCAUGCGCAUAAGUUAAUGGAUAAACAGUGGGAUUACAAUGAUUCCUUAGCGGAUGCUGGUGGAUUUAAGCGAUUACCGGUAUUCUACAAGAUCGGUUAUACAGCGUGGAACGUUAACAGAAUAUCGAAUCUUUUGCGUUAUAAAGAUUCCAAAUUCGUCGUUUCCGAAGACGGGCAAAGCGUCGAGGUGGUCCUACCAAAUUGAGAAGUAAACUUCUACACUAGUGCUUUUUUUGAUAAUGACCUUUCCGAAAGACAAAAGAACGCAUUAUAAUAUAGAAAUAUUAUAAUAUAGGCAUGCAUUCAUUAUA